AUGGAGGUUCAAGAUGACCUUCAGAAGUGUGAAGUGAAAAAUAUCAACUUGAAAGGAAAUGUAAAAGCUGUGGAUAUUAGCGACCUCAAAACAGCAAUUGAAAGAACUGAACUUGGGCUGAGAAAACAUGCUGAAAAUUAUUUACAUGAUUUAAACAGACAAGCGUUAACUAUUUCUUCUACUGAUAAUAAAGAAGUACAUUCAAAAGAGCCCCCUAAAUGGGGCCUUCAUUUUGGUGCUUCUCAGAAACAGCUUAUUUUACCACGAGUACCUGUUGAGCCCGUGACUGUCCAGGCAUACAGCAAAUCAGCACUACGUGUUUCUCAAAGUUCACAGCAGCAGCUGGAAAUGGAUAUGAAAAUUAUGCUUGACCCAGAGAACAUCAGUAAUACAGCUGUUUUAAAACAACAGAACUAUGAGACUAGGCUGCCACUUAUAACUAAGAAAAAAUCUGCUCCUAUGUGUAGUCAGAAGAUAGGGAAAGGUCAUACAGUUAGCAACCUUUGCGGUUUGCCUGCCUCUCACCACAUGGGUUCUCCCUUACCCCUGUUAGAAGAAGAUAGAAGGAAAGGUAUUCUGAGCCUAACUGAACUAAGGCUUAUCCCUCCAGCAGCAAAGAUAACUCUCCAGACACCUCCUGUUGUAUCCAAAGCAGCAUCUUUCCAUGAAUUUCACAAGCAGCACAAGAAGUCAGCUGUAGGAGAGAUUAGUAGUAGGGUGGACCCGGAGAAUAUUGACACCAUCACCUUCCCAAACUCAAAGGAAGCAAUUUAUGGCAAAUACUUCUCUAGUAAAGGUAACAUUGUACCACUUCCAUCCAGCAGUUCCAUGGUUUCAGCAAGGAAAUCAAAGCCAGCAUGGACGUAUCCAGCUCAACAGUUGGAAUCUGACCUGCAGAUUCCCUCUCAAACACAGUCCUUACAGGAUCUGUGCUUUGAUUGUGACAUUGCUGUUUACCAUGGCACGAUAGAUCAGAAAGCUCCAGGCUUUCUGGCAUUCAAGCAACAUUAUUGUUUAUCCUGGGGGAGCAUUGUCUCUUUUUUGGAACAUACAGAAAAGCUUCUCAAGGACUAUGCUGUACCAUUGGCUACAAUAAACUGUAAAAAGUUGGCGGAAGUUGCAUCAGACUUUGAGCUUAAUGAGAAUCCCACCAAAAGUGACAUUCUGUCAGUGAUAAAGAAUCAAUCAACUGUGGAAAAGAUCUUAAAUCGACCUGGCCAAAGAUACAAAGGCCAAGGGGGUGCUGAAAUGGCUGCUACAAAGAUCCAAACAACAUGGCGAUGUUAUCAGGCCAGAAAAGCCUAUGUCCAUUUCAGGCAGCAGCAGUGGGCAUCAGGUGUGAUUGCCAUUUCUUGGCUCUUGCAUAAUCACAUGGCACAUGUGAAAAAGACCCUGAAGGAAUCACGUCAGAGACACCUGGAGAAUUUUUACAUCAGGGCCAAGCAUCUGGCAGCCAACUGGAAUCGCAUCAGGACCUCCAGGAGGACUAUUAUCCAUAUCCCAUCAUUAGGAAUUUGUAUAUGCAUGCGUAGGAGGCUGCAGUAUUCAAGUGGAAAUUUUCCCUUAAUGAGGAAGAAAAAUAUGCAGAUGGGAAGGCUGUGUGACAUACUGGAUGCCAACGUGGACGUCAUCUACAUCUGCCCCCUUCAUCUGAGUGAGGAGUUACUGCAGUAUUACAAUAAACUCCUGGGUCUGCAGGCAGCUGUUAGAUCUGGGAAGCCUGAGGACAUGGGUGACCUGCAGGACAGGUUCAAAAUUCUCACCCCUGAAGCUAUAAACAGCUUCCCUAAGCAUCACAUGUGCCUAGCCACUCAGCUGAAGUACAGUCCCAAGACGAUCAAAAGAAUAAAAAUUCUUAUCCAGAGCAAAGAUGCCUACAUUAUUGGAGGGGUUCCCCACAAAGAUGAUUUAGCAGUGGCUGACAUGCUAAAUGUGCCUAUAUUAGGCUCGGUGCCAGAAGUGGCUCAUCUCUAUAGUACCAAGUCUGGAAGUAAACGAAUUUUUACCAGUGCUUGUGUGCCAACCCCUCCUGGAGAAUCUGACAUCUACAACAAUGAACAGAUGAUUAGUGCUCUCAGUCAGCUGAUCCUUGACAACAUGGAAGUGCGGCGUUGGUUGUUUAAAGUGAAUGAUGAAUCUGGAGGAAAUGGCACUGCCUAUUGUGAUAUUAUUUUGCAUUUGAAAUGCUAUCACUGGGUUCAAAAGGAACGUCAGAGAUACAGCCCUGAGAUAUGGAGUAAGAAGUGGGCACAUGAGCCAGCUUUGGUGAAGAUCUCCCAGGAGCUGACGGGCCUUUUAGCACCACGUACACAGCCAGUCAAUGAGAAACGAUUCCCUACAUGGGAAAAAUUCCUCCAAACAUUUCUUAGUCAAGGUGGUGUGAUAGAAGCUUUCCCGCUCUCAGAGAAUGUCACAAACCUUACGGUGGAUAUGCUGAUAGAGCCAACAGGCAAGAUAAAAAUAGUGUCAUCUGGAGACCAGCUCCAUGCUGACGGUCCUUUGCGAUCAUCUGGCACUACCAUUCCACAAUGUUCUGUUGAUCCAGCAGUUCUUAAUUCACUCUGCUUAAAAAUUGGAGAAACCUGUAAAUCUAAAGGAGUGCUUGGUUACUUCUCAGUUGAUUUUGUGACUUUCAUCCACCCACAAACGAUGGAGCAGCAGGUAUGGGCAACAGACCUUGACCUCUGCUAUAGUGACCAGCUGGCCUUGACUCAGCUCAUGUUGUACAUGACAGAUGGAAAUCUGGAUUGUCGCUCUAGCCGCUUUGAAGUAUCUCUUGGUUCAAAUAAAAUGAAAAGCCAAUGUAUUCAGCAUGAGGAGACAAAAACUCCUUCUCCAGUAAGCAACCGGUGUGCAGUAGCAAGCAGCCAACUGAGGCACUCCAGCCUUUCAGUAAUCUACUAUAAUGUUCUCCUCCAGAUGUGUAAAGCUCGUGGUGUUGGAUUUGACCUCCAGGAAAAACAGGGAACCGUUUUUAUAUUGUAUGAAGAUCAGCAGCGAUACAGAUUGGGAAUGAUAACAAUCGGAGAGGAUCUCCAGGGGGUCCUCAUGACCUUUGCUCGCAAUCUCUUCAUCAUCCAUCAAGAAAUAUCAGCACCUAAUAUGCAAGGCGAGACCAAUUUUAAGAUGGCAAUUCAAGAUAUUGAAGCAACUCUAGGAAUUACAGCAGAAAACAAACUGAAAUUGGAAGAAGAGCAACCUUCGAAAGCAGAUGCUCUGAAAGAAUAG